UCAGCCUCCCAAAGUGCUGGGAUUACAGGCGUGAGCCACGGCCCCCGACUUCUGCUCCAGUCUUCUCUGUCCUUGAAAGCCUGAGAGUCUUCCGACUUUACUCGGAGCAAGGGCGAGGUCGGUGCGCGGUGACGUCACGACGCCAGCUCCUCCCGUAGCCGAGGUGGACUCCGGGAAGCCCGCGGGUGUGGCCGUACCAGACCAUGGGGGCUCAGCUGAGCGGCGGCCGCGGCGACCCGGACCCUGUGCAGCCCCAGCCCCAGCCCCAGCCCGCCGUGCCGGAGGGCGCGGAGCGGCCCCGGCUUCAGCCUCAGCCUCAGCCCCAGCCCCAGCCCCAGCCCCAGCCCCAGCCCGACCCCGGCCCGUGGGGGCCGCUGGACGAUGUGCGCUUCCUCAUCGCCUGCACUUCCUGGUACUGACGGCGCCCUCCUGAGGAUGCCGCCCGUCUGCCCGCCGUUCCCUGUGGUUCUUGUCUGCCUGGUCUCCUGUCCCCACGUCUCUGUCUCUUAUACUCCCUCCCGCGGCUCCCCAGAGGCAGCAGAGAAUUCGAAGAGGUUGCCGGGGACUGGAAUGAAGUCCCGGCAGGGCCACCUUCGCAGGCUCGACCCCAGCCUGCUUCCCAGCUUGCAGCCAGACCCAGCUCAUCCCUUCGUGCCCACCCCAUCCCUUCUCCGGCUGGCUGGGUCCGGGGCAGCCCUCUCUGUCACUGGCCUCCAGAGGCAGCAGGGCAGGCCUCCUGGUAAGCCUGCAAAGCUGCUGACCUCCUGACCUUGCCUGCUUUCAUUAAUAUAUUUAUUGCUGAGAACCGUGUUCUUGACUAUGUGUCCCAGGUCAUGGCAUCAGGGGCCUUGACUUCUGAGAAUCCCGUGCCACAACAACCCUCCCCAUACUCUUGAGGGGCGCUGCUCCCCAUCCUGGAUCCUAAGGAGGCAUCAUGAGGCUGUGUUCCCGGAACCCCAAUAACCCUGGGCCUCCAGGGCCAGCCUUUUGUAGAGGGAGGAUAUCUGACUGCCGGUCUGGCUGAUGAAAUGCAUGGGGCAGCUCCCAGAUACCCCAAACCGCCUGGCUUUCCUCCCAGAAACUUCUUAAGGUCACUCUUGGAACUUGAUCUUUGUUCCCUCAUCCCAGGGAAAUGACACACUCUGUAUUUCUGUUUUAUUUAGAAAUGAUUUAAAAAACAUUAUACAAAGGCUGAUCAGUUUAAAAUGUGACUGACACUGAAAUGCUGUGAUGUCCCCCAGGCUGAGGGGAAUUGAGGCUCUGGGGUCCCCAGUUCUUUGCCCCUCUGUCCACCCUGUCCUGGGGUGAUGGACAAACAGAUGACCAUAGGCAGGAGAAUCUGAGAUUAGAAGCCUCUAGGCUGAGCCCUCUGGGCCUGGCCCCACAUCCCUCACCUCUGCGGCCUGGACUGCCUGCCUCCAUCUCCUGCUCAUUCUCAGCUGGCCUACCAGGAGCCAACGCCUGGUGGGAGGCGGGGGUGCCUAGAGCUUUCAAGAAGUGAGAGCACCAACCUGAGGAGUGGACAGGGACCAGGAAGUGGGGGAAAGGAGACCAGGAAGAGGUGGAUACAGGAGACACUUCUCAUCUCAGACCCUAGAGGGGUCCACAGAUGGGGACACAAGGCCCAGCCAGCCCACUGGAUGGCCCGGGCAAGUAACAACCUCUCUGUGCUUCAUCUGAGGGCACGGUGAGAGUUACCGUUGGCCUCCCAGGGCCUACACGAGUUUCAUGUGAGUGGACAGAUGUGAGCUAAUAAAGUGCUUUGCAAAGUAUAAAACACUGUA